CACACACACACCAGCGCUGAGUCCCUCUGCUCAUGGACGUGAGAUGAGCACAACAUGCUGCUUUAGUUUGGACUUUUGCAGUUUUGGAUUUUUGGUUUUUGUUUUAUCCAACCGGGUUUUUUUUUGUGUUUUUGCACUGCAAACAAAUUCCACUCAGGUGUCUGUUUACGCCGGGGAGUGAGUCUGCGUGUUUGUGUGAGAGGGAGUGUUUGUGUGUGUGUGUGCUCUUUAGAGCACGUGCUGAUGGUUGACACACUGCCGGCAGAGACCACAACGGACUUUUAACCUGAGCGAGAAAGCAACAUCCUCUUUGCCUCGCGUUCUGCCUGGAGAAAAUGAACAGUUCUAUCCGCCACGCCAGAGCCAGUCGUCCGAGCCAUGGUCACCCAGCGCGUCGCGCACAGGACGAGCUGCAGAUCGUAAGCGAAAGCCGAGACAGGGCCACAGCUGUGGAGGACAGCCGGUGGACGAGCGCUCCGUGCCGCCGCGCCCAGUGAGCCUGGCACCCACGUGGGGCGGGCACCAGGACUCGGCUUGCGAUAGCAUGGGCACAUGAAGAGGGACGCGCAGGACCGCGCCAGUGCCCACCGUACCCGCCGCCUCGCCAGCGAGUGCCCACCGCCCGACACCACCACCCCAGACCCCCGCUGCGGAGCGCUGGACCGCCGACGGAAGGAGAGGGGGGGGCACAGGACGUGGGCCAUGAGCUUGCCCACGAGCUGCGGGUAUCUGCCCGCCAACGAUCGCGCCUUCAAAGUGCGAAACGGGAACAUCUGCGGCUCGCCCUGCGCUGUCAACAGACCAAUCGACAUCGUGCAGCAGCGCCGGCGUUUUGACGUUGAGAAUGGCUUGUCAGUGGGCCGCAGUCCGCUGGACCCCCAGGCGAGCCCAAGCUCGGGGCUGGUCCUGCAGGCCAACUACCCCCACAGCCAGCGCCGUGAGUCCUUCCUGUACCGGUCCGAUUCUGACUUCGACCUGUCGCCCAAGACCAUGUCCCGCAACUCCUCCACCACCAGCGAGCUACACGGAGAAGACAUGAUCGUCACACCUUUUGCACAGGUUCUGGCCAGUCUACGAACUGUUAGAAGCAACUUCGCUCUUCUGACUCACCUACAGGAUCACAUUGGCAACAAGAGACCAUCUGGAAACAAACCUCCCGCCUCGUGCAAGCCACACCUGCCAGAUGAGGCGUGUCAGAAGCUGGCCGUGGAGACGCUGGAGGAGCUGGACUGGUGUCUGGACCAGCUGGAGACGCUGCAGACGCGCCACUCCGUCAGUGAGAUGGCCUCCAACAAGUUUAAAAGGAUGCUGAACAGAGAGCUGACUCAGCUAUCUGAGACCAGCCGCUCAGGAAACCAGGUGUCCGAAUUCAUCGCCAGCACUUUCUUAGAGAAGCAGCACGACGUGGAGAUCUUGUCUGCACCUGCCAAAGAGAAGGAGAAGAAUCGUCUGCCCAUGUGUCAGAUCAGCGGUGUGAAGAAGCUCACGCGCAGCCCCAGCCUGCUGCCCACCGCCAUCCCCCGCUUCGGGGUCAGCACCGACCACGAGGGCCGCCUCGCCAAGGAGUUGGAGGACAUUAACCGAUGGGGCCUAGAUGUCUUCAAGGUGGCGGAAUAUUCCGGGAAUCGGCCUCUGACGGUGGUGAUGUACUCCAUAUUCCAGGAGCGAGACUUGCUCAAGACCUUCAAGAUCCCCACAGACACCUUCCUGACAUUCAUGAUGACCCUGGAGGCCCACUACCACUCUGACGUGGCGUACCACAACAGCAUCCACGCAGCGGACGUAGUUCAGUCCACUCAUGUGCUCCUCUCCAGACCUGCGCUCGAGGCGGUGUUCACUGACCUCGAGAUCAUGGCGGCCCUGUUUGCCAGUGCCAUACAUGACGUGGACCACCCAGGGGUGUCCAACCAGUUCCUCAUCAACACGAAUUCGGAGCUGGCGCUGAUGUACAACGACGCGUCGGUGCUGGAGAAUCACCACCUGGCCGUGGGCUUCAAGCUGCUGCAGGAGGAGAACUGCGACAUCUUCCAGAACCUGAGCAGGAAGCAGAGGCACUCACUGCGCAAGAUGGCCAUCGACAUGGUGUUGGCCACAGAUAUGUCCAAACACAUGAACUUCCUGGCCGACCUGAAGACCAUGGUGGAGACCAAGAAAGUGACCAGCCUAGGCGUGCUGCUGCUGGACAACUACUCGGAUCGCAUACAGGUCCUGCAGAACAUGGUGCACUGUGCAGACCUGAGCAACCCCACGAAGCCUCUGGAGAUCUACCGGCAGUGGACGGACCGCAUCAUGGUGGAGUUCUUCACCCAGGGCGACCGCGAGCGGGACAAUGCCAUUGAGAUCAGCCCCAUGUGCGAUAAACACAAUGCCUCCAUCGAGAAGUCGCAGGUGGGCUUCAUCGACUACAUCGUCCACCCGCUGUGGGAGACCUGGGCGGACCUGGUGCACCCAGACGCCCAGGACAUCCUGGACACGCUGGAGGACAACCGGGAGUGGUACCAGAGCAUGAUCCCCCGCAGCCCAUCGCCCGAGGAGUGCGCGGACAGCGACGGGCGCUCGGGCGGCCAGGGAGGGGGCGGCUCCAGCCUCAGCUCCUCGGGCGUCGACAAGUUCCAGUUCGAGCUGACGCUGGAGGAGGAGGGCGAGUCCGACUCCGAGGCGCCCCAGGAGGAGAUGUCUCCGUCGGGGGGAGAGCUCUCGCCAGCCUCCCCCUCCUCCUCCAGAACUACGGGGCCGGCGCUGGGGCUUCUGAGCGGGUCGGUGUCCUGCGGUCAAGGCCAGCAGAGGACGUUCCUGCCCGCUGAGCCCGCCACAGGGUUCCAGGCCAGAGACGGCAGCGACAACGAACUCGAGCAGGACACCAACGGGCUAUCGUGCCUGCGGCUCGGGACAUAGCGCCCCCCGAGGAGCCCACCUCACGGCCCGAGAGGGGUUUGUGAUGGCGUGUGUUAGACUCACCUGGCGUCUGGGUGCUGAUGGCUGGUGCUUUGGGAGAAAGAGAGGCACCGAUUGGCCGGGGAGUGAUCGCCGCUCCAAUCAAACACAGUGUAACACUGAAAAUGACUCUGUUCAAUCAAACAAGAAAAACCUCACUUCACAAAUUCAGAUCUUGUUGAACAAGAAUGUGUUUUCUAAUCUGAGAGACCGCUUUUGUUUUUUGUUUUUGCGGUUUUAUUUGAAUGGGUGUCUUGAACAUGAGACUGCUGUUUGUAGCCGUUUGCACAGACACUGGACCUGCAAGUAAACGACGAGUAAACGACUGCUCGUUCGAGGUCUACUGUGAAAGCAAGGGAGCUGCCUUCUUUUGAGGGACGAAACGUUUGUUGUGCAUCUUUUGUGUCUGUUUGAAAGCUGUGUGACGUUAGAAGUCACAGUGAAAUAACAGGGUCUUGGAGUGAUCGCUCUAGUGGGUAAAGCCCACCUAAAAUACUUUUUUCGAGAAAUAAAAUCGAGCAGCGAUCUCCAGCUGUGCCAGCUGGGUAGCCGCAAAUUACCAUGACAACCAGGAAGGGGCUGUUUUACCAAAUAUUUUGAUGAAUCCUCAGAAAAUUGUGACAUCAACCUCAGGGUAUGAAUCGUUGUUUUAAUGUAGCAAGAACUUUAUUCUGGGUUUUCUUUUACCCAAAACAUUUUAAUUGAUUUUUAGAUACAUGUAAAUAUUUGUUAUUUUAGAAAUUCACACCAUAAUAAGUUCUGGUUAAGUCAGGUUUAUUUAUUUAGCACUGAUUUGUGUAAUGCGUAACCACAGACAGUUGUAAACAUAAGCAAUCACUAAAUGGGAAGGAUUGCCCAUAGAUUUUAUGAUAUUCAUAAUAUUGUUCUCAGUGUAGUUUAGUCCACUUUCAUGAAUAUCCUAGACAUGUUUGUAAAAUCAUCUAAAACCACCACUUUUACACUCAUACUUGUCCAAGUGUUCUGUUGCAGUUUGACCUUGGUUACGGCAGUUGUGCUCUUGUUCGAGCGCUUGACCCUGUAUUACAUGUGAGGAGGAUGGAGGGCGCUCUGUCCAGAGGCCAGUAGUGCUACCAGGCCUGCUCCACUGAAGCACUUUACAACUUUAAAGGAGAGGAAAAGGGCUUGAACAUACAGUACCCGCACAGGAGAGCCGCUGGGCGCAUGUCCUGUCCUCUGGGCUGAGGCUAAGCACACAUGCUCUCAACGCAUAUCAGCAUUACACACUUUCAUUCAGAAUCUGUAAACGCCUUUAAACUAUGUGUCGGCAAAGAUUUUAAAACGUUUUUAAAAACACUACAAGCAGCAAAUGUAAAGGCACUUAAUUGGCACUGAAAUGUUUUGAAACUUUGUGUUGUGAUUAGAGAAUGUUGUUGUGUCGUGUUGUGAGGAGUGCUGCUGUUCUGAAUAAGUGCCUGCGAUCAGUGCGGAGAGUUGUUCUGUAAUGUGUAAAUCCAGCCAAAUAAACUGCCAAACAGGUGAGAAAGCGCCAGGAAGGCCGCACCCUCACAGUGUCCACAGAUGAUACUCGUGGGACUCCCCCAAUUAAAGAGCACACAGUUUUUAGACAAACUCCUCUGUCUGUCUGCCUCAAACUGUCUCUUAGUAAGUCUUCGGGUUUUCAAGCAUUUCUGACACCUUUCAUCGCAAUUACUGAUAAACUUUAAGAUCAAACGCUAAAUACGAUUCUGUCGACACUGACCACAGGUGAGGGAAUGAUAAACGUGAGGUCAGGGUGCUGUCCAUUAUCAAAUAAGAAACAUUGAAAUCAGUACCUUGAGAACCUUUCAGCAGAGCUGAGCUGACCAGCCGCUACAUGAGACGAGUCCACAGCAGCACGUUCUCCCCCGCGCUGCGCUGCGUUGCCUUAUGUGUCUUUUAAUCUAUUCUGUUGUGCCGAGUUUUGAUGUAUGUAUGGUAUGUAUUUCGAGUAUGUGUUACGUACUGUAUCCAAGCUUAUUGGGCGCCCAUGACUUCCAGUGUUCCUUAAAAAGGUCUGUGCUCAUCACUCCAGUAGCGCAUGGUAACCUGUCUGUUUUUAUCCACAUGCUAAGCCAAAAGACUCAAGUUUCAAGUUUAGAACUAGUAAUAGGCUACCAAUAAUUUGUUAUCAGUACAGAAAAUGCACUUAUGUUUUAUGUACGAGAAUAAACAAGUAUAAAAAUG